UUGAAAAUAAUUAUUGGUGUUUUGAAGCAAAAGAGGUAAAAAAAUUGAUUAUAAAAUCAUGGUUUGUAAAAUUAUUGGAAUGGCUAUAUGAUGAUACUUAAAUAUGCAACCACUGUACUGACGAGUACUGACGUAUUUGUAAUCUCGUUUUGUUUUUUACGCUAACUGAAAAUAAUUUAAAGGAAGAUUUAUAAAGAAUGAAUAACAAGGACUGACAUCUUUGUAACUCAAAGAAAUUGAUAAAAGUGCUUUUACGCCUAGUAAAUUCUUCUAAAAGUAUCUUUCAAAUCUUUCCUUUUAGAUAUCAAGCCUUGUCUCGAUAUUUCCCAACCAUUUGCAACAUCGACACCAAGAGGAUGCCAGGCAAAGAUAGUGCCGAAAAGCUACAACAUAUUUUCAGCCACCAAUACUGUAACAUCCGAUUCACUGGUCCACGACGUAACCAUGAUCAACCAAGGACAGAUUGAUAAAGAUUCUUAUGAACUCGAAUUUGCCUCUGAUUUUUUCCCAGAUCCAGAAUCAGAUUUGACAAUCGUCUCUGUACUAUCGGAUUUUGAAUCAGAUUGCUCUUCCAUUGAUUUUUCUGAUGUAGAAUCCGAUUGUGGAUCAGAUUCAUCGUGGGGAUCAAGUUUCGAGUCAAUCGCAAUAUCGGAUUUGGAUUAUAACGACAAAUGCGAAACAAACUCAGAAUUUGAAGAUGAAAAAGAGACUGAUCUCGACUUGACGAUUGUAACACAGAUGGAAUUUGAAGACUCGUUUUCAGUAAUGGGUUCGAGGCUAUCGUCAUUCAGAGAAGAAUUUGAUUAUUUAUCAGAGGUAGAAAUCGAGGACGAGUUGCGAUCAAGAAUUGGGAGACAGUACGUCGUUGAUGAAAUGGAUGAAUCGAAGAGGAAAUUUGAACUGAAGCAAAAAUCGGCACAACAGAGGCACAAGAUGGUUGCACAAGCUGUUGUUGGAUUCUUCAGAUCAGCGUGGAUCAAAAGUCGACGAGCCUUCAAGUUGAAGCUUUGAGCGCUUUGAAAUCCAGAAACAAAACGUUACUUAAAAACUGUUAAAACGAAAUACAUGUUUAUGACACCAGAAACAUCAACUUUUAGGUUUCUCUCAUGCAAAGAAAAGGUGUGAUGGAAAUGAGUUUUUAAAAUUUCUGUAUUUGAUUUUAGACGGCUUUAUAAUUGUAAAUUAAAAUAUGUGUGGAUGAGUGCGAGUGAUAUCUGAAAUUUGUUGGUUUUUGUUUGUUUCUUUCUCUUUGACAUACUUUACCAGUUAUGAUUCAUUAUUAUCUUAAUUAAUUACUACUUCUGAUGUUCAAAGAGGAUAAGGAUAUCAUUUUGAUAUUAGUGAUUCAAUAUCAGAUAAAGCGAUUUUUCAAGCCAAGUCUUUACAGAUUUAACAUACCCCUGAUCUUCAUGACAUUGCAACC